GCCUUUCCGCUCUUUCGCCGGGCUCUUCCUGCCACGCGCUGGCCACGCCCCUCGCGACAUUCAGCUAGUCAUGGCGGCGCGGCUGUGUGCACGGCACCUCCCUCUGGCAUGGCUCUGCAGGAGAGCCGCGCAGGGCCAAGGCCGGCACUACCGCGCCGCACUCUGCGCCGAGUUGAAACAUCCCCUGAUUAUUGAAGAAAUGGCUUCCCGCCCUCUAGGGCCACACGAGGUCAGAGUUGAUGUUCACUUCUGUGGUGUUAACUUUGCCGACAUUCUGGUCUGUCGUGGUCAGUAUCAGGAAACCCCCCCUCUUCCCUUUAUACCUGGAAUGGAGUUUUCUGGGGCUGUCCUGGAGACAGGAACAGAUGUCAGCACCGUGAAAAAGGGAGAUCGAGUUAUUGGAGUGAGUAACUUGAAUGCUAUGGCUGAAGAGUGCAUCACGGACCAGAAGACCCUGUGGCAGGUUCCAGAAAAUGUCUCUCUACAAGAUGCUGCAGUCCUACCUGUAUCUUACGGCACAGCUAUUUUGGCUGUAGAGCAUCGGGCCCGCACCCAGCCUGGAGAAACUGUUCUAGUGACGGCCGCCGCUGGAGCCACAGGCCUUGCAGUGAUAGAUGUGGCAACAAAUGUUCUCCAGGCUAAGGUCAUAGCUGCAGCCGGAAGCGACGAGAAGUGUAAGCUGGCAGUGCAGAGAGGCGCACAGUCCAGUGUGAACUACAGCCAGGGCAGCCUCAAGGAUGCAGUGAAGAAGCUGGUGGGCAGCGGUGGGGUGAAUGUGGCCAUUGACAUGGUGGGAGGAGAUGUCUUCCUAGAGUCUGUCCGCAGCCUGGCAUGGGAAGGCAGGAUUGUGGUGCUGGGAUUCGCUGGAGGAAGCAUCGCCUCUCUGCCUAGCAACUUGCUGCUCCUGAAGAACAUCUCUGCCAUGGGCCUGUACUGGGGUCGCUACCAGCACCAGGACUUUGCAUUGUUUUCCAAGAGCUUGUCCUCAGCCCUGCAGUACUGCCAGCAAGGGCUCAUCCACCCGCACACUGGUGCUGUGUUCAAACUGGAGAAGAUCAAUGAUGCCUUCCUCCAUGUGAUUCAGCGCAAAUCCACGGGCAAGGUGCUCCUCUCCCUUAAGUGAAUUCUCACCCUGGCAGCAGAUUCCCGGAUCUGAUCUCCCUCCUGCAUUUUAAAGGUCUCUGCCUUCCUUACUGCCCCAGGUGCCACAUCUUGGUGUCAGUUCCCUCUGGUUCUGCUUUCCUGUUACUCAUAAUUGGUGUGAU